AUGGAUAAAGAUCAAGGCAGAAUUAUUCAUGUCACACAUCAAAUUCCUUAUGAAAUUCAUCAUGAUAUUAAAGAACAAGAGCGUCUUCAUUGGUCUUUUCGUGCUCGACAUGGACAUGCUGCUAUGUAUGCAGGUAUGCAAUCCUUAAGAGACGAGUGGGAAACACUCUGUAUUGGAUGGACAGGUCAACUGUUCGAAACAACUGUCGAACGCACUGAAGUCUCGGUUCUGACCGAAAAGGAAAAAGAAGCCAUUCAGACACAACUAAGACAAGAGCAUGGUUGUGUUCCUUUAUUUUUAGACAACAAAAGUGUGGCUGGUCAUUAUUAUGGCUAUUGCAAAACAUUACUCUGGCCUUUAUUCAACUAUGUCAUUUGGAAUGAUGCUACAGAUGGUCGUAUUGAAAAAACUCAGUGGAAUUAUUACGAAGCGGUCAACCAACAGUAUGCAGAUAAAGUGAUUGAACAGUAUCAACCGGGUGAUAUUAUCUGGAUUCAUGAUUAUCAUCUGUUGCUUGUACCUAGUAUGGUGCGUGCUAAAUUACCCAAGGCUCGUAUUGGCUUAUUUGUCCAUUCUCCUUUUCCCAGUUCAGAGAUAUUUCGUUGUUUGCCAAAACGACAAGAAAUCUUAAAGGGCAUGUUGGCUGCAAACUUAGUAGGAUUCCAGACAUAUGCCAAUUCAAGACAUUUUAUAUCUACAUCCACGCGUGUGUUGGGUUAUGAAUCCACACCUGAAGGGGUUGAAUAUGAAGGCCAUUUCUGCCAUGUAGGUACAUUCCCAAUCGGGAUUGAUGUGGAAGCAGUCAAUGAGCUGAGAAAAAGUGCUGAUGUGGUACCCAAAAUCAAAGCGAUUGAAGAAAUGUAUGCAGGCAAAAAGAUCUUGGUUGGACGAGACAAGAUUGACCUUGUUCAAGGUGUGUUGCAGAAAUUGGCCGCAUUCGAAAAGUUUUUGUUGGACUAUCCUGAAUGGCAAAACAAAGUGGUCUUGAUUCAAGUGACAGAUGCAACAUCUAAUGCAGAUUAUUCCAAAAAUGAAAACAAAGUGUCUGACAUGGUGGCCCAUAUCAAUGGUAAUUAUGGGUCUCUGGAACAUUUACCAGUCCAUCAUUACCAUCAUCAGAUUGAAUGGGACGAGUAUUAUGCUUUGUUGUCCGUGGCGGAUGCUGCUUUGAUUACCGCUGUCAGGGAUGGCAUGAACACUACCAGUCUAGAGUAUGUGAUGUGUCAGCAAGAAAAGCAUGGGUCGUUGAUUGUGUCUGAAUUGACUGGAACAGCAGGAUCCAUGAGUUCUGCUUUAUUAGUCAAUCCUUGGGAUUAUUCGGGUGUAGCCAAAGCCAUUCAUGAUGCACUGACCAUGUCUGAAGAAGACAAAUUAACACGUCAUAUGCAAUUACUAGCGCAUGUCAAGUCAAACACCACUUCUUUUUGGGCCCAUUCGUUUGUUCGAAUGUUGUUACACACCUGUCUCUUGACAGAACAAAGCAAGAACACACCUCGACUUGAGACCAAUUACCUUUUAGAUCGAUACCGUCAUUCAAAGAAACGACUGUUAUGUUUUGACUAUGAUGGUACAUUGACACCUAUUCAAAAGACACCCAUGGCAGCCACACCACCUCAAGACAUGCUGGUCUAUCUUGAUGCACUCUGUCAAGAUCCUCAUAACGAAGUAUGGAUCAUUUCAGGCCGAGAUGAAAGUACAUUGACUCACUGGCUGGGUCAUAUCGAGAACUUGGGCAUGAGUGCAGAACAUGGCUCAUUUAUGCGGUAUCCAGGCAGCAAGAAAUGGGUCAAUCUGACAGAACACAUGGAUAUGGGAUGGAAAAAUGAUGUGUUGGAGAUCUUUACAUAUUAUACAGAACGCACCACAGGCAGUUUUAUUGAGCAUAAGCGAUGUGCCUUGACAUGGCAUUACCGUCUUGCAGAUCCUGACUAUGGUGCAUUUCAAGCGAAAGAAUGUCAAAAUCAUCUUGAACAAGCCAUUCUCAGUAAAUUGCCUGUGGAAGUCUUGGUAGGCAAAAAGAAUUUGGAAGUCAGACCUACUUUGAUCAAUAAGGGUGAAAUCAUGAAACGAUUAAUGGCAACACCCUUUGAUUUUGUGAUGUGUUGUGGUGAUGAUAGAACAGAUGAAGACAUGUUUAAAAUUCUCAAGAAAUCAGCCGAUUUAAACGAAUAUCAAAAGUUUUCUGUCAUUGUGGGUUCAGAAGGACAAAAGACACAGGCAUUUUGGCAUGUACCCACUGUACAGGAUGUGAUUGACAAUCUACGUGUGAUGUCUGAAUGCUUUAUAAAACAAUAA